AUGUCGACCAACGAGAUUGCGCAAAACGGCUGGACCGCUCUGCCCUUGGAUCCCAGCAAGCUCUUUGGCGGCAAACCAUUUCGGAAUGCACCUGGACAGCUCCUGGUUUCCGACAUCAAGUUCCCAGAAGAUGAUCCCAUCGUCGCUAAAGUUCAGAGCUAUGCCAAAGAAAAGUUGCCCAUCCAAACUUACAACCAUAGCAUGAGAGUCUUUUACUACGCGACCGCCAUUGUCAGACAGCAGUUCCCCGAACAUGCCGCGACAUUCUCCCCUUCUACCCUUGCUCUCGUCUCCCUCUUGCAUGAUAUUGGCACCGCUGAAGAGAAUUUGGCAGCUACCAACAUGUCCUUUGAGUUUUACGGAGGUUUCAAAGCCAUGAAUCUCCUAUUGGAGCUUGGAGCCUCCAAAGAUCAGGCCGAAGCAGUUGCUGAGACAAUCAUCCGCCACCAGGAUCUUGGGACAGAGGGAAACAUCACAUUCGUCGGCCAAGUCAUCCAGCUGGCCACGAUAUAUGAUAAUGUCAGCGACCACCCGCACCUGAAGAACCUGAUAGAAAUCAUCCACACUGAGACUCUUAAGGAUGUUGUGAAGACUUUCCCUCGUCAGCAGUGGCUUGGAUGCUUCGCCAAGACAAUUGAUGAAGAGGAGCGACUGAAGCCUUGGUGCCACAGCACACACAUUCCUGACUUUUCUCAGGCGAUUCUGGGCAACAAGUUCAUGAAGCCAUACGAGUAA